UCAGACAGUUUUUCUUCUGCAUCCAUCAAUUAAUUGAAAGAUAUAGUUGGUUAAACAGAAAAUGACGACCAAUCCGUAUCCAGCUUCAUGUAUCAUCCAUGAGGAUGUAGAGAGGGAACUUCCUCCAACCAGCAGAUCAGAUGUGAAACCACAGUAUGUUCAUCAUCUGACCCCAAACCCUACACCUGAGAUCAGCCACUCCGCUCCCAAACAGAAAGAUGGGAAACAGAGGUGUGUGAAGUUCACUGUGUCUGCUGUCAUCUCUCUGCUGCUCCUCCUGCUGGUCACCGGAAUCCUCCUCGCUUAUUACUUCUCCUCGUCGUGUGUGCACGGGUCGCAGUGUGGUGAUGGGAGCUGUGUGUGGGAGUCUCAGUGGUGUGAUGGAGUGAGGGACUGUCCGGCUGGUCAGGAUGAAGCCAACUGUGUGAGGCUGCACGGCUCCGGCUUCCUCCUGCAGAUUUACUCGCCUCAGACUAAAACCUGGAGCUCCGUCUGUUCUCACGGCUGGAGCGACAUGCAGGGCAGAGCGAGCUGUCGGGCCAUUGGAUACAGCAGGGGUGCAGAUAUGAAAUCAGGACAACAGAAGACUGAUUCUGACAACGGAUUCUUAAUCGUGAAACCUUAUUUCAACCCAGAGACGUUUGUUGUCCAACAGCUUGAGCACAGCAACACCUGUCCCAACAACAGCGUGGUAACUUUGCGUUGCACUGACUGUGGGAGCGGGGUUAACUCCAGCAGGGCAUCUGGGGGCCAGCAGGCCACCCUUGGGUCCUGGCCCUGGCAGGUCAGCCUGCAGGUCUCUGGCUCCCACCGCUGUGGAGGAGCCAUCAUCUCCCCCUACUGGAUAGUGACAGCAGCACACUGUGUCUCCAGGAGCUCCAGUCCUGCAGACUGGGCUGUGUAUGCUGGAGUAGUGGAUCCACUGGGUUCUCUGUUUAACCCUGCUCGCUCUGUGAGUCGCAUCAUCGCUCAUGAAGGCUACAGCCGCCUCCCUCGCAGGAAUGAUGUGGCUCUGAUGAGGCUCGCCAAAGCUCUGGACUUCUCAGUAGUUUCCAGUAACAUCAGACCUAUUUGUCUCCCAAAUGUUGGUCUGAACGUCUCUGCUCCUCAGAAGGGCUGGAUAACACGGUUUGGUCGCACAACAGAUGGAGACUCUCCACAGCUGAUGGAGGCUCAGGUCUCCCUCAUAGACACUGCAGAGUGCAACAGCUCCACCGUCUAUAAUGGCAGAUUAUCACGGGACAUGUUGUGUGCCAGAGAGAUGGAUGGAGGAGCAGACAUGUGCCACACUGACAGUGGUGGUCCUCUAGUGGCCCGGAGAGAUGGGCUAUGGUGGCUCAUAGGGGACAAUAUUUGGGGGGAGCACUGCACUGAGAGGAACAAACCAGGGGUUUACGGCAACGUCACCUAUUUCCUGGACUGGAUCUAUCGUCAGAUGAAGGAGCAUCAAGACGACUGAUGACAGCACCACAGAUGAGCAUGUUUGUGUGUAUAUUUUUUUUCUAGUGUGAACACAUUUUUUUUAUAUAUAUCAGGGCCUCAUCAACAUCUUUAUCACUAACAUAACUUAUUUCCUUCUUUAUAUUACUGCUGUGUCCACAUGAUUUUUAAUUGUAGAUG